UGCCGCUCAAUGUUUUGGCCGCCGCGAACGAACACGAUAUUGUUGAAUUUUUUGUGCAGCGAAAAGCGGAUUUGUUCGAAUUGAGGCGGUGCAGCGACAUAUUUCAAAAAUAACAAGAAACAUGCAGUUGCACAAACGAAAAGCAAAGCGAAAAUAUGGCCUGUAAAUUAUGUCAUAAAUGUGAAAGUGUUUUCCAGUUGCAUUGCAACAACAGCAACAACAACAACAAACGCAAAUUCGUCCACGGCACGCAUGUGAAAAAGGAGUGCGAGUGGGUAGAAAAAAUCAAUUGAGAAAGAAAAAUUGCAUUUUCGCUGCCGCGGCCAAAACGAAAAUAAGUGAAAAAAUAUAUAGAUAUAGAUAUAUAUAUAUCUAUUAAGUGCGUUCGUGUGUGGUGUGUGUAAGGAAACCAAGUGGAAUAGGCAGAGGCAAGCAGCAGAAAUAGCAAAAGGAGACAGCAGCAGCAGCACCAGCACCAGCGAAGACGACGACAACAACAACACCAAGAGAAACCCGCCGCCCCAUCAGCCGACAGAGCGGCCAGUAAUAAAGAGGAGAAAAAAAUGAGUUCAAGUUGUGAAAGAAUAGAAUGGGUAGAAAUCAUCGAGCCACGCACCAAGGAGCAUAUGUAUGCCAAUCUCACAACUGGCGAAUGCGUUUGGGAUCCACCAGAAGAUGUGCCAAUUAAGCGUACCGACUCAUCGCAGUGGUGGGAACUGUUUGAUACGAAUACGCAGCGUUUCUACUACUAUAAUGCGGCCACGCAGAAGACCGUGUGGCAUCGGCCGAGCAAGUGUGACAUUAUACCGCUGGCCAAGCUCCAGACGCUCAAACAGAACACCGAUCCUAGUGAGCGGCGGGAGCAGACAACGCCCCAGAAGCAUCCACCGCAGCAGCAGCAACAACAGCCAACACCACAGCUACAGCCACAGCCACAGCCACAGCCCCAAGCACAACAGCUACAGCAGAAGCAGCAGCAUCUAUCACAGCAGGCAUCGCCCAUGUCAGGGCCAAAUAAGAAGGGGCGUGGGCAGCGCAUCAGUGGCGGUAAUGGUGCAGUGGCCAGCUCCGAGGAGAAGCUGCCCGGCACUGAAAUGAUCUCUAGUCCGCGUGGACGUCAAAGUUUUCGCGUCGGCACCGGUGACUCAUCCCGCUCGAUGGACCUGCAACAGCAGCAUCAGCAGCAGCAGGCAUAUGCCUCGAGACGUUCACAAGACUCCUGCAAUCACUACAAGGAAUCGGGUAAAUCCAGUGACUCGAGUUUGUCCAGUGCGCAUGGCUAUAGGCGCUUCAAUGAUGCGGGCAAUGGCAUAAGCGGACAUGCCGAUGGCUUGCGUUUGGGCUCACUGCAAAAGCAUCAGCGUAGCGGCGGCAAGGAUAAUGGAGCCUUUGAAAUGUUGCAAGAGAGCGUUAGUUCGCAUAAUUUACCGCAUGGCACCACAACGUCCACAUCCUCAUCGUAUAUUGGUGGCGGCACGGGCACAGGCACGGGUCAAGGCAGUGGCUAUGGCGACAAGUACUUCGAUCAUCAGCUUCUGCCCAAUCAUAUGCAGGGCUAUGGCUCAUCAAAAUCAUCGGACAUUGCCUCGCCCACCCACUCCAUCCACACGCCGCAGUCGCAAAAGAAGAAAAUAUCGCCAGAUGCAGCACCCACAGGCAACCCAUACAAUUACGCACAGCAGCAGCAUCAACAAAGGAACGCACAACGCAGUGGAGGAGCUGGAGGAGUGAUCGGUGGUGGAGUUGCUGGCACGCCAGUGGGUAAAUCUUAUGGCGGAGAUCGAGAGUACAAAGUGUCGUUGGCCCGCUCGGGGAGCUUCAUGUCUUCCUCGAUCAAUCCCGCAGCUGCUGGACAUCAUAGCAAAUCCUAUCGCAAGAGCAGCGCCGAGGCGGCUAAUGGUGGCGCAGCCAGCGAUGAUUCAAUGCACGAAAAGUAUUUCAAAUCGGUGGAGAACACACCACUGUCCAGGCGACGGCACACAACCAAUGCCACAAAGAGUGGCAGUGCAGGCGGUGGCGGUGGUGCAAGUGGCAGCAACACAGCCACAAGUACAGCGGGCAGUGGCAGCAGCAGCCACAAGAAACACUCGAGCGACUCGAGUCCACAAAGUCCGAUUAGUCCGCAGACAAAGAGCUCGCGACAGGCCAAGACGAGUGCCACGAAUCCGUUGCCACAGCUGCAGCACUCGCCCAGGAUACAGGAGCCCAGCCAUGGAAUGGAUAUGCUGAGCCUUGAGCGCAUUACGCUGGGCAUGACGGGACCCAUUUCGCCAGGUGGUGGAGUUGCCUCCGAGAAUAUGGGCCUGCUGACGCACUCUUCGCGUGGCUCCAACGACUCUGCACGGCAGCGCCAAAAGUCCAACAACUCCACAGCGAAUCGCUCGCAAUCGCAUCAUUACCCGGGCCAAGGAUCGUUGCGUCACAGUGCCAGCUCCAGCCUGGACAAACGUGCUGGCUACCAGCACAGCGGUGUGGGCGAGAAGCGACGCUCCAAGCAGCAGCAACAGCAGCAGCAUCACCUGCAGGCGGAAAACAGCGACGCAGAAUACGACAAUGGCAACACUUCGCCGCUGUACAGCAACUGGGAUCAGGAGAUGCCGCAUCUGUUGCCCCUCAAGCACUACAUCAUUGAGCAGGCAAAGUUGUCGGGUCGCUACGACUAUCGUGGUGGCGAUGGCGGUGACUCGGACUCGUAUCACUCGGACAGCCAGUCGGAGCACUCUCUCUCGGGCCACGAGCCGGACAACGAGGACUCGGAUGGCGGCUCGGACACGCACGGUGGCUACUUGGAGCACAACUAUGGCAUGAUCGAGGACUAUGCCAACAUGGGCGACAGUGUCUCCUACUACGCGUAUCAAUAUCCGCCAUAUGAUCCUGCUGGAAGAGAGGACAUUUCCGAUAAUGUGGAGGCUGUGCUGGAGGGUAUUGGUGGCAAUGUGGAACCUUCGGCGCAACCUGCUGUACCCAAGCCAAAGCCUCGCUAUCAGAUCUCAUACUAUGACACCGUUUCGCACAGUCCCGCGGCUGGCGCUGGUGCCUACCUUGCUCAGCAGCUUUACUCGAAUACCCCACCCUAUCAAGGUCAUGGUCAUGGGCAUGGCCAUCACGUCCAGCCACCGGCACCGCCGCAUCAGCAGCUGCAUUUGGAUCCAAGCGAUUCCAAGCAGAAGCAAUCACAAACGCUGCCCUCGCCCAAUCGUCAAAUCUCGCGUCUGGCCGGACAGGGAUCAACUGCAGCAGCGGCAGCAGCAGGAGCAGCAUCAGCCAAAGAUGAGGCCAAUCAUGGCCAUAGCCAUAGUCUUGUUGCCGGUCAACAGCAGGGCACAGGUGUGGCGGCCAGCCUCUCACGUGCUGGUGGCCAUAAGCUGGCACCGCCAUCGCUCAAGCCCACCAUUCAGCAGAUAUUUCCACCCAGCGAUCGGGCACCGGGCGGCAUCAAUAGUGGCAUGGGUGGACAGGGCGCCACAUUGGCCUGCAUGAAGGAAUGUGAUAUCGAGAAGUUUGCCGCUGACAAUCUGAAUCUACACUCGAAGGGCAUCUUUAGGAAGAAGGCAUCGGUGCGGGAUAUGCUCAGUUGGACGGCGGAGGCCAUCAGUCGCCCCAUGUUGACACUCUCACGGGAUAAGGCGGACAAAAAAAAGGCCAUUGAGCUGUUUAAACUUGUGCAAAUCUACAUGGCUGAUCGCAAAGCACGCAUCGGCAUGAAUCUCAAUUCUGUGGCCAUUGACAUUAUCACAGCAUCCUUGCCGCAGCAUCAAUUAAGGGAUGAGCUAUAUGUGCAGUUGUGCCGACAAACAACGGAGAAUCCCAAGCGAGAGUCGCUCAUUCGCGGUUGGGAGCUGAUGGCCAUUUGUUUGUCCUUUGUGCCGCCUUCGCCCACCUUUCAACCCACGCUGCUCAACUAUGUCAAUCGUCAUCGCGAUCCUUCGUUUGCCACCAGCUUCAUGGAGGUGUGCAAGUGGCCCAUUCAUGUGCAGAUCUCGCACUAUGCCACAGUGUGCUGUCGUCGCUUGGAUCGCAUAGGCAGCAGCGGCAGGAAACUGGCCAAAAAGCCCACAGAGGAUGAGGUGGAACAGGCGAGGCAACAAAUUCUGCGGAACAGCAUGUUUGGCAAUACGCUGUCCGAGGUGAUGGAUCUGCAAAAGGAUAAGUUUCCCUUCCGCAAGUUGCCCUGGAUACAGACCACACUAUCAGAGCAUGUUCUGCUGCUUAAUGGCAAGCAAACGGAGGGCAUCUUUCGCGUCUCAGCGGAUGUGGAUGAGGUGAGCUGCAUGAAGAAUCGCCUGGAUCGGUGGGAUGUUCCUGACUAUAAGAACACAAUGGUUGAUGCCCAUGCGCCAGCGAGCCUGCUUAAGCUGUGGUAUCGCGAGCUGUAUGAUCCGCUAAUACCGGAUGCUUUUUAUGAGGAUUGCGUGAAUACCGAGGAUCCCGAUAAAGCCAAAGAAAUAGUUAAUAAGUUGCCCGAAAUAAAUCAGCUGGUUCUAACGUAUCUAAUACACUUCCUGCAACUAUUCUCCAAUUCGGAGGUGGUGAGCAAUACCAAAAUGGACUCCUCGAACCUAGCCAUGGUGUUUGCACCGAACUGCCUGCGCUGCACCUCCGAUGAUCCCAAGGUGAUAUUGGAGAAUGCGCGCAAGGAGAUGUCGUUUAUGCGCACCCUAAUACUGCACAUGGACACCACAAAAGUGGAGAAUCUGGUCUAGACUACCUACCAAAAACCUACCUAUCCGUAUAUGUAUAACGUUAUUAACCUAUCCUAACUUUACUAUAAACCAACAAAUUCUUAACUUAAACGAAAGAAUCUUAACUCUACUUUCUACUUUAACUUGAAACUCAUUUUGCUACUCGGAUUUUUCACUGUCCAAUUGCUAUCAAAACUCGAAUUUUAUUAUUAUUAUUUUGAAUUUGUCUAGGCAGCUUGUUCAGAAAAGACGGCAGCAAAACUCACACACACACACACACACACACACUCGAAAUACUCGAAGAACUUGCAACAAAAUGUGCUUUUUGAAACCAAAAAAAAAGAAAACAAAAAGAAAAAUGAAAA